CACAGAGGCUCCAUCACGGCUCCGCUUCCAAGAUGCACAGAACCACCCGGAUAAAGAUCACGGAGCUCAACCCCCACCUGAUGUGUGCCCUGUGCGGCGGCUACUUCAUUGACGCCACCACCAUCGUGGAGUGUCUGCACUCCUUCUGCAAAACCUGCAUCGUUCGCUACCUGGAGACCAACAAGUACUGCCCCAUGUGUGACGUCCAAGUGCACAAAACCCGGCCCCUGCUCAGCAUCAGAUCAGACAAGACCUUGCAGGAUAUCGUGUACAAACUGGUGCCGGGGCUUUUCAAAGAUGAGAUGAAGCGGCGCCGAAACUUCUACACUGCCUACCCCGUGGCGGAGGUGCCCAACGGCUCCAGCGAGGAGCGCGGCGCCGUGGCCGAGCAGCAGCAGGCAGCAGCAGCAGAAAAAAAAGACAACGACACCGUCAGCCUGUCCAUCGAGUUCUACGAGGCCACCAGGUACCCGGAGGACAAGAAGGGCCCUGUGGAGAACGGGGAUGCUGCCCCCGAGGGCACUGCCCGAUCCCUGUGCACCGGGCAGAAAGGAGAGUCCUCAGCAGAGGGGCCUCCUUCCACCACGGUCUUGGCCGAGGGUGAUUGA